AACAGAUACUGAAUGUCCAAGUCCAGGAGAAACAUCAUCCUCAUCACCAUCCAGUUUUUCUGAAAAUGAAAGUUCAGAUAAUAAUAUCUCGUCGGGUUCUGAUUAUGAGGAAUCACCACCUUCAUCACCAUCAAUUUUAUAUGACAACAAAAGUUCAGAAAAUGAUAUUUCGUCGGUUUCGGAUUAUGAAGAAACAUCAAAGGAAUCUAAACGAACAUGA